AUGAAGGAAACGUGGGAGGCUCGAGCGGCAGCUAAGCGCGCUGCGACUCUGGACAAGAUUCCUCUAGAAUGGAUAUUAUCUUCGGAGGACCUGAAACAAGCGAACCGCCAGCGAGACAUCACGGGAUGUUUCAUCGAGGAGUUCCUUGACAGAGAAACAAUUUCUAUCACGUCUCUGAAGACUGUGCAGAUUUUAAAUGCUAUUUCUAAUCAGGAAUCCACGGCGACAAAGGUCGUGAGGGCAUUUUGUCAACGAGCAGCGGUUGCUCAUCAAAUUAAUAAUUGUCUUCACGAGAUCUUCUUCCAUCAAGCCCAGGAACGCGCCCAGUAUCUAGACGAUUACUACGCCGAACAUGGGACGACGCUCGGGUCACUUCAUGGUCUACCUGUCAGUCUCAAAGACCAAUUCCACGUGAAAGGCGUUGAUACAACAAUGGGCUACGUUGGAUGGAUAGGUGGUAAUCUGGGCAUUGACCCUGAUAAAACUCACCAGGUCGAAAGUCAAAUCGUCACCGAGUUAUUAUGCCUCGGCGCCGUUCUCUACUGCAAAACAAGUCUCCCUCAAACGCUUCUCUUCGGCGAGACGAAGAACAACAUCAUCGGCCAGACCCUAAACCCUAUUAAUCAGAACUUAUCAUGCGGCGGUUCUUCCGGAGGCGAAGCUGCUCUUCUGGCAUUAGGCGGCAGCUCAAUUGGUGUUGGCACAGAUAUCGGUGGAUCGCUGAGAAUACCAGCUGGGUUCUGCGGUAUCUUUUCGAUAAAGCCGACGUCGAAUCGAUUGAGUUAUCGGGAUGUUGCGAAUACGAAUCCUGGACAGGAUACGUAUCGAUCGACAAUUGGAUUCAUCGGGACGUCGAUUGAAGCGCUGGAGGUGGUGUUUAAAGCUGUUCUUGGGAUGGAGCCUUGGUUGAAAGAUCCGGCUGUUAUACCGAUUCCUUUUCGAGAAGAGGUUAUGGAUUCGUAUCGGAAGGGAGCGGACGAGAGAGGGAAUGCGAAGGCUGGUGAGAGGCCGCUGAAGAUGGGGGUACUUUGGUGUGAUGGGAUGGUUGGAUUACAUCCGCCCGUUCUUCGUGGAUUGAAGAUAGUCGUUGAGGCGUUGAAGAAAGCUGGGCAUCAGGGAGGAUUUCUCAGCGCAGACGGUGCGCACGACAUCCACCAGCACCUUAAUCGAUCCGGCGAACCUCUAAUCCCAGACUUACAAGAAGGCCUAAAGCUCAAAACCCCUACGAAACUACUCAAGUACCAAAACCUUACCCUCCAAGGUCUUGAGUUUGAGCGGCAGUAUUCCGAUUACUGGAACUCCACUGCCGAAUCAGAUGGCGAAAUGGUAGACGCUGUUCUCAUGCCUGUAGCGCCUCAUGCAGCUGUGAUACCCGGGAAGUUCUAUCAUGGAGCGUAUACGGAUGCGAUGAACUUGACGAACUAUACCGCUGUUGUUAUUCCGACGAUUAGGGCGGAUAAGACGAUCGAUGUUUUUGAUGCGGGGUAUGACCCGUUGGGUGAGAUGGACAGGAAGAAUUGGCAAGCUUAUUUGUAUGAUGAGGCUCCAGUAGGCGUCCAGAUCGUAGGGAGAAAGUUCGAUGAGGAGAAAUGCUUAGCCAUAGCUCGGAUAGUCCAUGCAGUCGUGGAGAACGCAAUCAAGACGGCGUAACCUUGACCGCAAGCGGAAAUAAACG